AUGCCUAAAAGAGAUAUAUCAUCGUCAGGGGAAAACUGUAUUGGACUGCAGAACCGCCGACCAAGGCCACCUUUGCGCAUAUCCCAAGAAACAGUUUCUACAAAGCCGUCCGACUCUCUUCAACCUGACUCUCGAAAACAGAAGCGACCACUAGAAGCUGAGGACUCGCUCUGCCUUCCAGCCGAAUCUUUCCAAAAGCGACCGCGAACAUCUCUUGCAUGCCCCGCUGAUGGAGGUGCCUGGCCGACAGAAUACUUUGAACAGGGGCAUGACAUGAGUCAACUACUUGCGAGAAAGAAGUGGACAUCUUCACUUUGUCGCAGACAAACGGAAUCUACUCUCACCAGCUCUACUACCCCCAGCGACCAGAAACCAAGGGAGGAAAAGAGCGCUCAAUACAAGAACCCACGCUAUGAGAUCGUGCUAGAAACUAAAGGCAGCUAUAUGAGUGAAUCAAAGAAGGGUAUCACAGAACUCAGCGAAAGUUGUUACUUAACUUUACUCAAUGCCGCACAAAAGAUUCCUGAAGACUUAUUGUUCUGUGACGAUCUGUUCAAAUCAACCUGCGAGAAGGUGCGACGGCGAAAUGAGGCCAUUGUUAUCCAAGAUAUCACUCGAUUGAUUGUCCCCUCUGCGGAAAAUCUAGCUAUAUAUGGUGCGACGCAUCUCGAUCAUCUGAUCGAAAGCGUCAAUGAAGGCUGGGUUAAUUCAAUCCCCGUUACCAAACUCGACCGCAGCCCGAUUAUUCAGUGGGAUUUAAAAGAGACGCAUUCACAGAUGGCCAGCUGCUGA